AUCAAUCAAUGGACCUGCUUCUUCUUUAAAUACGACACUCUUCCCCAAGCCCAAGAGCAAGAGCAGACCCAUCCAUCAUCAAGGCAGGCCUCCUCUCCACCCCCCCUCCUCUCUCUCAACCCAAGUGAAGCAAGCGUCUCGUCUCCGCCCCGCCCGCAUCAUCAUGACGGUGCUUACCAAUGGGAGCGGUGAGCUAGAAGUUACGGUGGUUUCAAGAGAAUUCGUGAAGCCAUCUACUCCGACGCCGGCUGACCUGAAAAUCUUCAAGAUUUCAUUUCUGGACCAGAUCCUUCCUUCCGCCUACGUCCCGGUGGUCUUCCACUACCCCAUCGCAGACGGCGAAGACAACAUCAAGGAUGCAUUGGCCCGCCUCAAGUCUUCACUUUCCGACACCCUCUCCCGCUUCUACCACCUCGCCGGCCGCCUCAAAGAUCACACGUCCAUCCACUGUAACGACGAUGGAAUUCUCUAUGUAGAAACUCAAGUGAACUGUCAUUUAUCGGAGUAUCUGAAGCGCCGGGAGCUCGAGGUCCUGCACCGGUUCAUCCCGUUCCAGGACUUUGUCGCCGAGCCGGAGAAUACCCUGGUUCAACUCGCCGUUCAAGUCAACGUAUUUGCGGCCGGAGGAAUCGCCAUUGGGGUGUCCAUGUCUCAUAAGGCCAUUGACGCGAGUACGCUGGCUUCGUUCCUAAAAUGCUGGGCGGCGCUGUGCAGUGGCUGUAAAGAGAAAGCCAUAUUUCCUGAUCUCGCCGCCGGGCCAGCGCUUUUCCCGACGAGAUCGGAGCAAUUGCCGCGUAGCAUGGGGUAUCUAAAAGAGAGUUGGUUGAAGGAAGGGAAAAGCGUCUUGAGGAGAUUCGUGUUCGACCGGCCGGCGAUAAAGGCCCUCAAAGCCAAAGCCGCCACCGAAUUGGCGCCGAAUCCAGGGAGUUCCCAAGUGGUAACGGGUUUGAUAUGGAAAUCCGCCAUGGCCGCCUCCAAGGCCGUCAAGGGCUCCCAGCAGGCGUCCAUGCUGGCGUUCGCUGUAAACAUGCGGACGCGAACCGUGCCGCCGGUGUCGGAACACGCAACCGGGAACAUCUUCUGGCUGACAAUGGCGUAUCAGGAGGCAACCCAGGCGCAGGAGGAAGACGGAACGGCGCUAAAAGCGGUGGUGGGUCGGCUCGCGGAAGCGAUCAAGAGGGUCAACGUCGAUUUCGUCCGAAGCCUGCAAGGCGAGGAAGGGGUGCAGCAGGUUCUGAGGGAGAUGGAAGAGAGAGACGGGUUUCAGGCGAGAGAAAAACCGGAGGUCUUCAUGGCAAGUAGCUUGACGUGCUUCCGGUUCACGGAGCUGGAUUUCGGGUGGGGAAAGCCGGUCUGGGUUUGCCACGCGUGGGGCUACCCGGGAUCGGUGCUAGUCAAUGGACUGUUCCUGGCGGAAACGGCCGGCGGCGACGGAGUGGAGGCGUGGUUGCAUUUGGACGAAGCGGAGAUGGCGGUUCUGGAAGCGGACCCGGAGUUUCUGAGCUACGCAUCGCCGAAUCCGGGGGUUUUGUUGCCGGUUGAUCCUCCGGCAUCGAAGUAAAUAUUAUAUAUAUUAUAUUAUAUUAUAUUAUAUAGAUUGGUGUUUUAAUGAUAAAAGUUUUUAAGGUUUUGGGAUUUGGCUGGCCGGUGUCGUAACACUAUUACUAUGUAUU